CUAACGCCAGUCGCGCGGUUAAGUAGCAUAAGCGUGAGCGAGUAAUAGCUUGAUUAGUUUGCUUUUAAAAAAAACUUAGACCGGUUUUUUAACGUUCGCUGUGCUUUGCGUUGUCGGAAGAUUACCGAUAUCAGUUCACUUAGCGCGCGAUGACCGAAACGUUCUUUGUAGGUGUUGAUGUAGGCACGGGCAGUGCCCGUGCUGCGCUCGUCGAUUUGAAGGGAAAGGUGUUGAAGCAGUGUGUGAAGACGAUACAAACAUGGAAUCCCGAACGCGAUUACUAUGAGCAAUCAUCGCAGGAUAUUUGGAGUGCAGUGUGUCAUUGUGUGAAGGACGUCACAAAAGACACCAAGAAGGAAAACAUAAAAGCGAUCUCUUUUGAUGCCACCUGCUCCUUGGUGGUUUUGGGUGAAAAUGGUGAAUCCCUCACAGUUAGUCGCACUGGCAAAAGCGAACAGAAUAUCAUACUGUGGAUGGAUCAUCGUGCACAUGCGGAAGCCACGCUUAUUAAUGCGACCAAACAUGAGCUGUUGCAGUAUGUCGGUGGACAGGUAUCAUUGGAAAUGGAAAUACCGAAAUUGUUGUGGUUGAAAAAGAAUCUACAAAGUACAUGGGAUAAAGUGUGGCGCGCUUUUGAUCUGCCCGAUUUCCUAACAUGGCGCAGCACAGGCGUUGAUACGCGUUCGCUUUGUUCGGUCGUUUGCAAAUGGAAUUACGAUGCAAUGAAUAUGCGUUGGAGUGCCGAUUUCUUAAAUCAGAUCGGUUUAGAUGAUUUAUGUCGGAAUGAUUUUGAAAUAAUUGGACAGCGUAUCUGUGAGCCGGGUUCGGCUGUGGGUGAAGGCUUAACGGCGCAAGCAGCUAAAGAGCUGUCACUACUACCAGGCACAAUUGUUGGCACCUCGCUAAUUGACGCACACGCCGGCGCAUUGGGUAUGUUUGGCUGUCGUGCCGCUUUGGAGCCGAAUGAUAAGCAACUCGAAGCGUCGCUGGAAAAUCUACAAGGCAAGUUGGCGCUUAUAUGCGGCACAUCCACCUGUCACAUGAGUCUAACACGCGAACCAUGUUUGGCGCAUGGUGUGUGGGGUCCUUACCGCGGUGCCAUACUGCCGAAUUACUAUCUCAACGAAGGUGGUCAGAGCGCUGCUGGUAUUCUAUUGGAUUUUAUUGUAAAAUCGCAUACACAAUAUGCCAGCAUACAAGCUAAACUAGGCAAAAAUGAGCACAUUUACACAUAUUUAAAUAAUCUAUUGGAGAAGAUGCGUGCGGAACGUGGUUACGAUGAUAUUUGCUUUCUCACAAAGGAACUGCAUGUUUGGCCAGAUUUUCAUGGCAAUCGUUCGCCUAUCGCUGAUCCCAAUUUGAAGGGAAUGAUAUCGGGCCUCAAUAUGAACGCUGACGAGCAAUCGUUGGCACUCUUGUAUUUGGCUUUUGUACAAGCAUUAGCUUAUGGCACCCGUCACAUUAUUGAUAACCUUGUUGAGAAAUACAAACGUGUGGCCUACAGUAGUAUGCUCUUUUGUGGUGGCCUAGCAAAGAAUAACGUGUAUGUGCAAGCUCAUGCUGAUAUCUGUCAAUUACCGGCUGUGAUACCAAACGAACAGGAAAUGGUAUUGGUCGGCGCCGCAAUGUUGGGCGCAUGUGCGGCAAACACUUAUGGAAAUUUAGAGGCCACAUCGAAGGAAAUGGGCGGCACUGGUGUACUGUUGAAGCCGAAAACAUCCACUACGGACUAUCACAAUCGCAAAUAUCGUGUAUUUUUGCAAAUGCUUGAAGAUCAGCGCAAAUACCAACAAAUAAUGGAAAAUUGAAACCGAUUUAAGAAUUUUGUUGUACAUUCUUUAUGCAUUUAUUGUACCGUUGUUUUUUCGAAAUUGUAUUUAUCUAACGGUACAUUACGUUUACACUUGUCUGUACCUUAAUGUCUUCCAAAGAUUUUUAUAAAUUGUUACUAAGCCAUUAAUUGUUUAAUUAUUAAAUAAAUUAAGUUUUGUUUUAA